GCUGCUGGCUGCACCCCCCCCCGCUGCAACUGCUGGCUCUGCUCACCCCCCAAGCCCGCUCCAGGCCCAGCCCUGCGCUCCCCCCACACCCCCUUGCAGCUGCCCUGGCAGCCAGGCUCCCUGGCCAAGAUGAGCUACGACCCCUAUGGCUUCCGCAAGCCCUGGCAGGAGUACCGGAGCGUCCGCUCCACCAAGGCCACCGUCUCCUCCUCCCUGUACGCCCUGCACCGGCCGGCGCUGGCCCCCGCCCCGCACUCGGGCUGCGUCGCCUCCCUGGAGAAGUUGGACCUGUCCCAGGUGAGUAGCCUGAACGCGGAGCUGCUGGGGCUGCGGGCCCAGGAGAAGGAGCAGCUGGUCGGCCUCAACGACCGCUUCGCCGCCUACGUCGAGCAGGUGCGCCGGCUGGAGCGGGAGAACGAGGUGCUGCGGGCGGAGCUGGAGGCGCUGCGGCGGGAGCAGCGGGGCCCCUCGCGCCGGCAGCUGCUGUACCGGCAGGAGCUGCACGGCCUGCGUGGCCUGCUGGAGGCAGAGGCGGGCGAGAAGAUGCGCGUGGAGGCCAGCCGGGACCGGCUGCGCGACGCCUGCAGCCAGCUGAAGGAGCGGUACGAGGAGGAGGCCCGGCUGCGGCUGCAGGCCGAGGAGACGCUGCAGAAGGUGCGGGAGGAGGCCAGCCAGGCCGCACUGGCUCACAGCGACGUGGAGGGCAGCAUCGGCUCCCUGCUGGGGGAGAUCGCCUUCCUCCACAAGGUCUUUGGGCAGGAGCGUGCCGAGCUGUCGGCCCAGGUGGAGGCGGCCAGCCUGCCGGUGGACGUGAGCCUGGCGGGAGCCAAGCCCGACCUGGCGGCCGCGCUGCGGGAGAUCCGCGCGCAGUACGAGACGCUGGCCGGCAGGAACAGGCAGGCGGCCGAAGACUGGUACCGCACCAGGUUCGCCUCGGUGGCUGAGCUGGCCAGCAAGAACAACCAGGCGGUGAGGUCCAUGCGGGAGGAGACGGCCGAAUACCGGCUCCAGCUGCAGUCCCGCUCGGCCGAGGUCGAGGCCCUGCGCAGCGUCAUCGACUCCCUCAACAAGCAGCUGGAGAGCGCGGAGGACAGGCAGAGCAGCGAGGUGGCCACGUACCAGGAGCGUGUGGCCGACCUGGAGCAGAAGAUCAGGGAGGCCAAGCAGGAGAUGGCGCGAUACCUGCGUGAGUACCAGGACCUGCUCAAUGUCAAGAUGGCGCUGGACAUCGAGAUCGCUGCCUACAGGAAACUGCUGGAGGGGGAAGAGAUCCGCCUGAGCUACUCAUCUCCCCUGUGAUCAGCGGGGGCCCCUGCAGCAGGAGCAAAGCCCCCAGUCACCCCCACGUUCUCUGCACGCCCUGCUGCCUUGUCCCCUUCACACCCCUCCAGUCACUCCCCUUUCCCCCCAGUGCUGAGGGAGCCGAGCAGCUGCCCCCCAGGGCCAUUCACCAGCGGCCAGGGCCGUGCUACCAGGCGCCUGUGAGAGCCCCGUCUCAUGGGGCAACGAGGCCAAGGGGCUGCAGCCAAUCUCCGCCAUGGCCCAGCAAGGGCAGGCUCCAGACCCCCCGUCAGCAGUGCAGGGAGAGGCCAGGAGCGUCCUGGACUCCAGCCACGCCCUUCCCCUCCCAGCGCUGUGCUGAACACGGGCCAGGCCCCGCUGGACAAGGCCUCUUGGGUGUGUCCUCAGGAGCCCAGCACCCGCCCCGGGUACCGCUUGGCCCCAGCAGGGCUCCCGGGGCUGAUGCCCUCUUGCUGCUGCCUGCGGCUGAGCUGCCUCCGACCCAAGUGACGGGCACCGGGCCUUGAACCACAAGUGGCACGUGCCCUCUCCGGAUCCCGGAGGGCGAAACCACAAGUGACGUCCCCCUCAGAGCUGCCCCCCGGCCGUGCCAAGGGAGAACCGCAGCGGGGCGCAGGCAGCACUGCCAUGCCAACAGGGAGGGCUGCCCCCAGGCCCUGGGCUGCCCCCAGGCUGCCCCCCCAGCAAUGGGCAGGGCUGACCAGCAUGCACCCCCUGCUGUAAAGGGGCAAACAGCGCAGGGAGGCACAGCAGUGGGCAAGCAGGGAGAGCUGUACCCCAUUCCCCUGGCCCUGCUGUGCCCCCCAGAGCUGCCUCCCACCAUUGGGUGUCCCCCACACAGAGGGGGGAUCCCACAGAGCCAGGAGCCAGCCCAGCCUCUCCUGAAGGGGGCGCUCACAGCCACCACAGGGCCCAGUCCAGCUCUCCCAGGAACUUCCCCCAGGGAGCCCCCACGCAGGCGGAGGUGGUGGGGGGCUAAUCAGCACAGCGCCCCCCGUAGGCAGCUCUGCUGCAUCAGUCAGCGUGGGGCCAGCACAGACCCUUCGUCUCUCCCAAUCAUUGCACCAGCCACCCUUUCGGCGCAGCGGCUGGGCCAGCCUGGCACGGCCCCGCUGCCAGUGCCUGCGAGGGAAGCACCUCAAUAAAAGCCCCGUGGCAUUAACCUGA